UUGGGAUCGAGAGAGGGAAGGAAGGAAGGAGAGAGAGAGACACAGCUAAACAGGUGGUCUGAAAACACGCAGAAAACAAUGUCGUCCGGCGGGGAGAGGCGGAAAGACCGUUAGCUCUCGCUUCUGUGAAGGAAUACCGGGACAGCCUCGGAGCAGAGCAAACGAAAAACCCAUGCUCCUUUUAAUUUUCUCGCGGAUUUCUCCUCCUCCUCCUCUCUUCUCGGUUUUGCUCCGAAUCUGGUGAAGAUCUCGGAUACUAAACCAUGAAAGUCACGGUGUGUUUUGGCAGGACCCGGGUGGUUGUGCCGUGCGGGGAUGGGAAUAUUAAAGUCCACACACUCAUCCAGCAGGCUGUCAUGAGAUAUAAGAAGGCUAUCGCCAAGGAUGCCAGCUACUGGCUGCAGGUUCACCGGUUGGAGCAUGGUGAUGGGGGAAUCCUCGACCUGGAUGAUGUGCUUUGCGAUGUGGCUGAUGACAAAGACAGGUUAAUAGCUAUAUAUGAUGAACAGGAACCCCAUCAUGGCGGUGAUGGCACCAGUGCCAGCUCCACAGGCACCCAAAGCCCCGACCUGUUUGCUGCAGACCUCAGCGCAGGCAGUGGAGCCUCUGCUUUCCAGCCUUACCAGGCCGCCAGCGAGAUCGAGGUCACGCCUUCAGCCCUGCGCACCAAUAUGCCCCUCCACGUCCGGCGCAGCAGUGACCCUGCUCUGAUGACCAUCAAUGGGCCGUUCAGCGGCGGUGAGUCACGGGUCCAACCAGAUGAGACGCCAUCAAGGAAGAACCCAACCCGCUGGUCGACCACCGCUGGCUUCCUGAAAGCUCGCCACUCGUCUGGCACAAAUAGCCUGGAAAGGAAGGGUAAAGGGAUGGACACGUACCGCAGUCUGCCACGAGACGCUGGGACCUGGGCCAAUCAGAGAGAAUUCCAGAGAGAGACAGCACGGUCAUCGCUCAGCGCCAAUCAUCCCAUGGUGGACCGCUGGCUGGAGAGACAGGAACAGGAGGAAGCGGCAAGAGAAGAAGAAAACGGACGGAUCGAGCCUGUUGGCCGAGCUGACUCCAUUGACCACACUGCUGUGAGGUCACUAGAAGACAUUGUCAAACUGGUGGAGGUGUCAAACGACGGUGGGCCCCUGGGGAUCCACGUGGUGCCUUUCAGUGGCAGGGACCGCAGGACUCUUGGCUUGUUGGUCAAGCGUCUGGAGAGAGGAGGGAAGGCCGAGCAGCAGGGCCUCUUCCAGGAGAACGACUGUAUCGUCCGUAUCAAUAACGGAGACCUGCGAAACAUCAGAUUUGAACAAGCCCAGAAUAUGUUCCGUCAAGCCAUGCGCUCUCCGGUCAUCAUGUUCCACGUGGUGCCGUCAUCGAUGAAGGCCCACUACGAGCAGCUGUCCCACGCUGAGAGGAACCCCGUGUACGCCUCGGGCCGUUUCAGCCCCGACUCCCUCAGCGGCAGCACUGUGUCAGGCAUCGACCACACGCCACAGCGGAUGUCCCGGCACGGUUCCCAAACGCACCCACACUCCCAUCCGUACCCCCAUGUGCUCUCAGAGCCGACUGACGGUUACCCCCCUCUGCUUCACCCCGCGGUUUCUGCGGCCAAGCCCCCGACAGGUCACGCCCAUUCACCGCAGAAGGGGAUGAAUUCCACGCCAGCAGGAGGCUAUACGAAAAAAGUCGGGAGGAGGCUCAGCAUUCAGCUAAAGAAAGGCCCCGAGGGACUCGGCUUCAGUAUAACGUCACGGGAUGUUCCCAUCGGGGGCUCAGCACCCAUCUACGUGAAGAAUAUCCUGCCUAGAGGAGCUGCUAUCCAAGAUGGCCGUCUCAAGGCAGGAGACAGGUUGCUAGAGGUGAAUGGCGUGGACCUGAAUGGGCGGACCCAGGAGGAAGUGGUCUCCUUGCUUAGAGCUACACCCAUGGGCGGGGCUGUGGGGCUGCUGGUUUUACGCCAGGAGGACUCUUUCCUACCCCGAGAAGUGAAUGCUGAGCCCCAGAUGCAAAUCCCCAGAGAUUUGAAGACAGAGGAGGACGAGUUGGUCCUGACCCCUGAUGGGACCAGGGAGUUCCUGACCUUUGAGAUCCCCCUCAGUGACUCGGGUUCUGCAGGUUUAGGUGUGAGCGUUAAAGGCAACCGCUCCAAGGAAAACCAUGCAGAUCUGGGCAUCUUUGUCAAAUCCAUCAUAAAUGGAGGUGCAGCCUGUAAGGACGGGCGACUGCGAGUAAAUGACCAGUUGAUUGCUGUCAACGGCGAGUCGCUAUUGGGCAAAACCAACCAAGACGCUAUGGAGACGCUACGAAAGUCCAUGUCAACUGAAGGCAACAAGCGUGGUAUGAUCCAGCUCAUUGUGGCCAGGCGAGUUGCCAAAAGAAAUGAGGAGACACCAGGGAGCCCACUGGGACCCCAGCAGAUUUUAAACACCUCCCUAGAUGACCACGAGCGCCGAAUCUCCCACUCGCUGUAUGGUGGCCUGGAGGGCCUCGAUGACAACUUGAUGCCCCGGCAAGGCAUGCUGCCACGCACGAUAGGAAACUAUCAGCUCUCACCGACCGUCAACAUGCCGCAGGACGACACCGUGAUCAUAGAAGAUGACCGGCCGCCGCUUCUUCCACCCCACCUUUCCGACCAGUCGUCCUCGAGCUCGCACGAUGAUGUCGGCUUCGCAGCUGAUGUGACUCCACCGUGGACCAAAGAGCUGCCCAAUCAGAAUCACAGCUCUGCGGUUCCAGAUGAAAAUCAUCCAGAUGGUGCUUUCCAGAGGGAAGGUUUUGGACGCCAGAGCAUGUCAGAGAAGCGCACCAAGCAAUUUGGAGACGCCUCUCAACUUGAAAUCAUCAAGACACGCAAGUCCAAGAGCAUGGAUUUAGUAGCCGACGAGAUUAACCUCACACCUCAUCCUGAGACCUACACAGGGACAUUGCCAUCAAAAUCCAGCUCGCUCGAGAGUCUCCAGACAGCAGUAGCAGAGGUAACUCUGAACGGGGACGUCCCCUUCCACAGGCCUCGCCCUCGUAUCAUCAGGGGGCGGGGCUGUAACGAAAGCUUCAGAGCAGCCAUCGACAAAUCCUACGACCGACCGGCCGCCACGGAAGAGGACGACGAGGGCAUGGAGACAUUGGAGGAGGACACUGAGGAGAGUUCACGGUCGGGGAGAGACUCUGUGUCAACAGUAGCGGACCAGACGCCGCUGUCGAUUACCGAAAAGCCACUGGUCAACGGCACAAACCGCACCAAAGAGGAGAAGAAGAAGGACAAAGACAAGGGAGGGAAGGAAAAGAAGAAGCCAGAGGGAGGGAAGGAGAAGGACAAGGGAAAACCUAAGAAGGGGAUGUUGAAGGGACUCGGGGACAUGUUCAGGAUCCAAGCUAAGACCAGAGAGCUGCGGGAGCGUCAGGCCAGGGAACGAGACUACGCUGAGAUUCUGGAUAUAAGUCGAUCGCCGGAGAGAUCCUCUGAGGAGGACCACCAGUACGCUGGCAUCAACCAACUUAACAGCUCCAUGGACAGUGGCCAUAGUCGCCCCCACAGCCCCCGUGAUGAGCACCCUCACAUCCAUCCACAGCACCAGCACUCCGAUACCCUCUACACCCAAGUUAGCAAGCCGCGCAACGAGCGACCUCCGUCUGCAGACAGUAACCGACUAACCCCCAGCAACCACGACCGGAUACAGAGGCUGAGGCAAGAGUUUCAGCAGGCCCAGAAUGUCCCGGACGACCCAGAUGAUCGCAGGAGGACCUACAGCUUCGAGCAGCCCUGGUCAAACACCAGCAGCAACGGUCCAGGCGGGUACAGCCAGCCAGGCCGUCACUCGGUGUCGGUCGAGGUGCAGAUGCAAAGACAGAGGCAGGAGGAGAGAGACUCGUUCACCCAGGCGCAGCGACAGUACAGCUCCCUGCCACGGCAACCCAGGAAGAACCCUAGCACCAUCUCCCAAGACUCUUGGGAAAAGGCAUACCCACCUGGUGAAGGGUUCCAGACUGCUAAGGACAACCCCAGGUACUCCAGCUACCAGGGCUCCAGGAACGGCUAUCCAGGUGGAGGCGGUGUCAAUGCCAGAGUCCUUCUGGAGGCCCAGGAGCUCUUGAGGCAGGAGCAGAGACGCAGAGAGCAAGAAGCCAAAGGGAAAUUAAUGCAGGAAAGUGCUGGCAACAGCAGCUAUGAGGGGUACACGGCACAUCUGAAAGACCCCGCCUCUCCUAAAGGGCCGUACCGACACGACGUGCCACCUUCGCCUUCACAGUUAGCGAGGCUUAAUAGAUUGGGUUCUGAGAAAGGAAGACUUUUUUAUUCUUGAAGAGCAUCAUUGGACUGGUUGAUGAAGAGCCAAACGAACCGAUUAGAGCCAAGGGGAUUGUUUUGAAGAAAGAAAAAUAGACACUAUGAAUCUUGACAGGGGACAACCUAGAGGUCUUAUAGUUUAGCAGUGAGCUUAUAGGUAAACAGUUGUGAAGUGUACUCGGUAUGUGGGUGUUUGUGUUCAGUCCUCCGCUGUGAGGAUGACCUAUACUAGUCAGUCAUUCACCCUCCUACAAACAGUGCCUUCUCUGCAUUCACGGACACGAAGCUUGUUCGCAGUCGUCCAGGACUCUGAUUCAUCGAGAUCUGGCAUCGUCGUGUACUGACAAUCAAAUGGGCAGACAGGCAAGUGAGUGGGCGCUUUUUUGAGCCCACGGGGAGGCGCAAGUUUCUGUGUGGGUUUUGCAUGUGGGCAUGUGACAAGGUACAUGUUUCACUAUCAAGAAUGUGUCCCGCGGAUGACUCUGCCCACCUGUCACGUUCAGCCCCGACAGAUGCUGCCGGUGUUUAUCAGCAUUCUGUUUUCUCUACUUUUAGUCUUCUCUCCACAGCAACACAACUCGCACAGUACUCCACAGGGAGCACAGAAAACAAGGCAAAGUGUGUGAAAGAAAGCGGGGCGCAUUGUGUGUGUUAUUAAUAAAAAAGACCCCCUCAUAAAUGAUUCAUAUUUUGUGUUAUCUCCAUGGAGGAGGCUCAGGCAGAGAGGGUAGACAGCUCUGAUCCUCUGCCUGGCCGCUCUGCUUGGCUCUGGGCUUGACUUGCCGGCCCGCCCGCCUGUCUGUCUGGAGCCCUCAUCCUCUCUGCGUUGUUCUCGUCUUCUCUCUGUUCAUUACGCUCCUAUUUUCUUUUUCUACCUCAACACCCCUACCUUUAUCCUCUGCUCCCCUGCUCUCCCUUCUUUGCACAUCUCACACCUUCGCUUCCCCUUACUCUUCCUCCUGCUACACGGUGCCACCCUCCUCCUCCUCGUCUCCCGAGUCAGGCUCUGCACUGAAUUUUUCAUCACAAGCCACCUGCUGCCUGCCAGAGCCAAAGAACGCUGCCACCGGAGGCAUCGACAGAGGGCCCGGCUUCUGACAUAAAGAGUGGAAUAAAAGCCAAAAAAAAAAAAGACACAGAAUAAAGAUGGGAAGAGAGACAACGAGCCUCCGAGUGUGAGAUUAGCUGGAGCUUUUUCCCAGUUUUAACAAAAGGCAAAACUGUCCUUGGGAGUUAAUUGCUUUCAAUUGCUAUAAUUGCUUUUUGUAUUUUUUUUUGCAGUUGUUAGCAUUUAGUCGGCCCCAUUCUCCAUAAUAAUUUAAAAAGAGGGAACAGGUAAACAGGCUAUCAUACUUUAAAAAAAAAGCAUCAGUCAAUAGAUAAUCUGAAUGCCAAAAGCUUUUACAGGGCAGAACAAAAUAACAACAGCUUAUUUACUGGCUCACAUUUUGCAGUGUCUAGAUCUGAGUUUGCUCGAUGAAAUAGGACUUUUCUCUUGACAAUAGCAGAACGAAAGAAGCCGUUCUUUCCAAACAAACGUUUCGAACAUUUUUAACUCCCUUUUAACCCUCCUGAAAUGUUUCCCUUAAUAUGGCAGUCAGGCUUAGUGGGUUAUGCUAACUUUGUGUUUACCACCUCUUUCUCUGUGCAGCUGGUACAAAUAUGGAAUCUUUCCACAGGCUCACAAGUAAACAAACAGGCUUUCAUUAAUCAUUACGCAAGGUGAGAGGGUCAUCUGGCCGUUCGCCCUGCAUGGAGUUCCCAUGGAAGUGGCUUUUCCGGGCAGCAGGGGUUUUGUGUGACACAGGUGAAGAUUCCACAGCAAUCUUCAGGCUGGAAUAAUGCUAACGCACACUAGUCACAAUAGCGCUUCAGUUUAUUUUGCUUGCUGUCGAACUGUCUAUUGUUAGCUAGCUAUUUACAUUUGAUUUAUUCAAAUGUCUUCCUCUCCUUUUCUACCAAUGGCUCCGCUUAAAAUUGAAGAAGAUUGUUAUGAAAAUGAAAAGGUUGCACACAGAUUUACGUCGGACCUCCUGACAAACCCACUGAUUCUGUUCAAACUGAACUGGUUUCAUAGGUUUUUGCUGUGACAGCCUUGAGAAGGACUUUUUUCUCUAUUUUGUUGUUGUUGUUGUUGUUCUCCAUUUUGUGAGGAAACAGAACUUAAAAAAAAAAAAACCGGAAGAAAUUAAACAAGAAAUAUCUGCAAGACUAGAUAAAAUUUCCAUUCUGGCCCAACUCUGCAGCUGCUGAUUGAAAACUUUUCGUGAGGCACUAAUCACUGAAGCCAGAUGUUGUAGGUGUACUGGGAAAAAACGCUUGGGCAUCGAUGACACAUACUUUAAAAUAAAUAAAUAAAUACUGCCACCAGCCCACUAUUAUAAUUGCUGCCGUAGGUGGCAACCUCUUACUCGGUGCUCGUCUUUCUAUGACAGCGAUAAUGUUUGUGACGUGAUUGUGUCUGCCUCCGAGCUAACAAAUGAAACGGGGCAGGGGUCAAAUUUUAAACAAAAGGGAAAUACAGAAAAAGCUACAGAGAACAAACGGGCAGUGCAUAAUCACCCUUCACUCCCACACCGUCUCCAUAUGCAGAGGGAAGCUGCAUGAUAAACAUGAUCUCCUGCUGGUUAAUGAAGACCCUCGCUGGGAUAGAUGCAGGCCUGGUAAGGGUAAUGAAUGAGAUGAAGUAAAAUUGAACCUGUAGUGGCAUCGUUCCAGGUUUAAACUUAGCAAUAUUGUUCAGCGCACAUACUUAUGUGUGCAUGGGUGCAAUGAUAGAAACAGAUUUUUGGGGAGGGGGGGCCGUCUUCCCAGUUUGAAGGUUUUUAAACCCACCUGAGAAUGAAGCCGAUGAAAAACGUACCAAAAAAAAUGACACAAGCUGUGCAGAUGAGAGUAAAAGCAUUCUCCAUUGCGCACAUUAUUUUAGCCAAGUGUUUGGUUCCUGCUGUGAACACAAAUUGCAGACCAGCAUAUUUAGAAGGAUACAGUGGAUUUAGCUGCUCAGCUGUUCCUGUUAUAUCAAUAAGUGCCUGAGAUAAUAUCACAAAAUGUUACACAAAGAAGGUUAUGAUGUGAUUUUUUUUUUUCUGUCAGUGACACUGCAGCACACAAAUUGCAGUGGAUUUUGUGUUGUUUUUUUUUAAAAUUCAUAUUAAGGGUACACUUUCCUGAACGUUUCUCUUUUAAUAUUUGUAAGAGCCAACACUUGCGGACAGUUAUCAUUGUAUUUGUACUCUGUUUGAUAUGCCUUCAAACAUACUGCAGCAGGAUGUGUUUUAAAGUAUCUCAAAACAAAUGGAAGUUAUUAGAUGCUGAUGUGCAAUUGUUGUGUUUGUUGUUGUUGGAGGUUUUUUUUCAGAAAACUUUUACAUGAUCUAUUAAGAAAUGUAUGCAGCCACUUCUUCCUGUACAUAUCAAAUUUAGAAUAAAACAGAAGGCUGUUCCAUCCUG